GAUUCGGACGAGAUCUUUGGCGGCUGGCUGAACUUGGACAGCCGACCACAAUUUUUCCACUGCAUUCCCGGGAGCCAUCGCCAGAGACCUGCUCACAACCGGCGCGGCUUCUGCCGGCAAAAGUGCACCCUGGAAGAGAUGUGCCGUGUUGAAGUCAGUCCUGGUCAUGUGGUGAUAUUCUACCAGGACAUUCUCCAUAAGGUGUGCCGCGAGACGAUCGUGGAGGACUCUCUGCGCCUCUUCAUAGGCUGGCGGCUGACGCAAUCGGAUUUGAGCCUGCAGGACCUUGCUUCCAAAGCGAAGCCAGGUGUACCAGACACCGACUCAAUCUUUGACACGCAGGCUGUGCCGCUGCUGCCAAGUGGCCAGCACCCGCCAAUGUAUGCAAAGAACCAUCUCCUAUUCUGGCGCGAAGAACUGAUGGCUUGGUCGAGACAGAGCGUGCGCGAUGGUUGCAAAGAGUUGACCAAGUGUGGCAACUGCAUGGUUCUCCUGGCCCCGAGACGGUUCAGUAGUCUGAAGUGCAUGGGGCUUCCAAUGUACGAAGAGUAUAGCGAGGAGGAGAAGAGUAUAAUGAAACCUGCUGCCGCCUGGACCCUCUCCGGACGCCGUGUGCGCCUGGCCUCUGUCGCGGCGGCGUUGCGGCCCUCGGUGGUGGAUGACAUGAGCCCUUGUUGGCAAGUUCCACGAUCCGCAAAGCGGAGGUGUGGUGACGCGAGUGCCGAUGCCGUGGAGCAAACU